AUGUUCUUCGCAAUUGUCUUCAUCGACUCCAGCUGCUCCUGCACGCUGCUAGCUGCCUGCGCAGCAGCAGCACACCCACCCACACACUGCUGCUGCUGCUGCUGCUGCUGCUGCAUUGCGCUGCUGCUGCUGCUGCUGCUGCUGCUGCGGCUCACUUCGACGGGCGGUCUGUCAGCCGCUUGUUGUCGCCCUCGGGGGGCCCCUCGAGCUUCACUUGGGAAAUCCUCCAGGCCUGAUAAGCAGCCCAGAGAAGUCCCGCUGCUGGCGGCAGCAGCAGCGCCCACAGAGUGGCGCUUUCGGAGAGCGGCCCCAUCGGCGUGUCGCAUUCAAGAAGUGGAAAGCGGCGCUCAAUUCCGUCUCGCGCACCCACGCCCGCCGAAAGCCGGCUCCUUUGCGUCGCAAAGACCCAAAUCUAUUCAAAUAAAACAAAAAAAUGCAAAAAAGACCAAAAAAUCGCCAGAAAAACGCAAGAUCGCAAACUGGAAUCCUGCAGCAGCAGCAGCGACACCGUGCAGUGCAACUUGA